AUGAAGAUAGAGGUGUUUAGUGUAUCGUGCGGACAUUGUCACACCUUGGCGGUUACUAACAACGGUAUCUAUGCUUGGGGAGCUAGUCAGUUUGGGCAGUUGGGCCUCGGCAAAGUAUCGCAAUGUUCGACUCCGGAAUUGGUUACUUCAUUAGCACAAGAGAGUAUCGUCGAAGCGGUAGCCGGGCAAUAUCACUCCGUGGCACUGACCGCGGAUGGCAGAGUGUUCACAUGGGGAUGGGGUGUUCACGGUCAAUUGGGCCACGGUAAUACCGACGAGAAAACCAUAGCAACUUUAGUCACGGCUUUACUCGGUACUGUUGUGUGUCACGUCAGCGCUGGAUACGCACACACUUUGGUAUUGUCAAUGGAUGGUAUCGUGUAUGCUUUCGGAUGUAACGUUCUUGGUCAACUGGGAAUGGGCAGUAAUGCCAAAAGCUCUCUCCCGAUGAGAAUAUCGCUGCCGGAUGAAAUAACGCUUAUAAGUACAGGAUACUUUCACAAUCUAGCUGUCAGCAACACGAACAAAUUAUACAUAUGGGGCGCGAGUCCCCAAGUUCUAAGAUUGCAAGCACAAGCGCAAAAGAAGAUUCGUAUAUUGGAGCAACAAGAUGCUAACGAGAAAACGUUUUUAGAGGAUGGCAUCGAGGCGAAAACUGGACAAACCGAAAUGAUUAUCUCUAACGCAGAAAUGCAAAAGAAACCAUCUGAGAAUGCAGAUUUAGCAAGUCUCAACGUUGAUUUGAUCGAAGAGAAUCAAACGCAUUUAAAGCCAUCUGUAGUGGAUACAAGUUUAGUAAAAGGACAAAUUACACAGAUAUCAGCUGGCUGUCACCAUAAUGCAUUGAUAACAAAGGAUGGUUCUCUGUAUACGUGGGGCCGUAACUUGGACGGCCAAAUAGGUAACGGCACCAGACGAGAAGUACCAAUUCCGACGCCUCUAUAUUAUAAUCCAGCUUGCAUCUUCUCGCAAAUACCUCCUAGACACAACGAGUUUAAAAAAAUGCAAAACUUGGACAAUAAUACUAAAUCAAAUGAUUCACCGACUGACAAUGUUCAGCGAAAUGCUGGCCUCAAUAAAAAGAGAAUUAAUCCUGUAAUUAACGCCGUCGGAAUCGCCUGCGGAUAUGAUUAUACGAUCGCGAUACAACCAGGAGGCACAGUAUUAGCUUGGGGCAAUAACAGUAGGGCGCAAUUGGGUCGCAUCCCCGCGAAAGAGACACGUGAUGCUGAUGAUAAACUCGUAUUAUUGAAAUCGUCGAAGCGAGUGGUACGACUACCUAAUACGCUGCACGUAGCUUUGGAUGUUCCUAGUCAAGUACCCAGUAUUGCGAGCCCGGUAAUAUCUUAUCAGUCAAACGAUGCGUCUUCUCUUGCUGGGCUCGUUUCUCCUUUGAGCGUCAUCGAAAAGUCUCCAGGAGAAUUAACACUUCACUAUGUUCUCGAACGCUUCCAUGGUUUAUAUUGCUCUGCUAAUAUUAUGAGAAAGAGUAUUGAAUUGGAAAAUUAUCAAGCUUGUUCUAAAAUAGCAGCGUUACAAGGUAAUAUCCGGGCUGCUUUCAAUUAUCAACUGAAGGUCUUACACAAAUUAAGCCUUCAAUCAACGGGAAAUUAUUCAAUGGAAAUUUCACGUGAAACAACGGUGUCCGCAACCAAAAUUGCGCGUGCAAUGAGGGAUAAUGCUUGCGAGGAAUCAUCUCGGAAUAUCAAGAGAAACACCGAAUUGUUUAAUAGACAAGCGGAGAAGAAUUUCAUGGAAUCCUUGGAGAACAGCGUCACACGAAACUGGAUGAAAAUUCCUACGAGUAGAUCGUUGAACAAUUUGCAAGCACUCGCACAAGAAUUAUAUACUUUUGAUUGUCAAGGUGGCUUGGAAGAAUUGUGUAGAACUCAAAAAAAUUAUAAUUCUUCUUCGUCGAACAUCGACGCAGAUUAUUCUGACAUCGAGUCCAACACGAAUGAAGAUGAACAACAAGAACGGAUCGAUGAUCUGAUUUUUAACGAGAACGACUUGCUGUCACGAAAUAAAAACAUAACUCACCACACUGAAUCAGUCGGCGCGAAAACAAUGUUCAACAUUGACAAUCAUCAGACGGACACGCGCAAAGGGAAAAUUCCAUUUUCCGACACCUUUCCGGCAGCUUUACGUUCUCAAAGAAAUUACGUGAUCAACGAGGCCAUAAGAGCGCUAAAGUUUUAUUUCAACAAUAUCAAUAACGAAGCGAACAUUCUCAAGUGCGAAAUAUUGCAGGACGCAAUUAGUUUUUGGCUCCAACACAAUUUACCGAUACAAAGUUUGGAAAAUGUUUUACUCGAUCACAUACACGUCAUCUAUUAUCCACUUGGAUUAUUACUGUUUUGUCGGAAUGCGAUAGGAAGAUAUCUGGAUGCAAAUAAGUAUGCCAAUCGGGAUGACAUUAUGCCGGAAUAUGCAAAAAUUUUCUCCUCUUUAAUGGCAGAUAAUUACGGCGUACCCUUAAACGGAUAUCCAGGCGUAAGUAAAAAUAAUAGUCCAGAGCAAAUGAUGGAAGGGAUUAUAAGUACAGUAUUUUCCGAAAUGGAAGAUUCCAGAUUAUUUGCGCAUAUUAAGGACUCGGAUGCUGUGAAUCGUUUGCUUAUGGCAAAAGAAGAUAGCAUGGUAUUUACUUGUGGACAUCACUUUCCAAUUUCAAUAUACAAAACGGAUAUCAUAUCAAGAAUGGAAACUGAAUUAUUAACGUUUCCGCCAUCGUUGAUACUUCCACGUACAUCACAGUAUUUAGGGAAUAUGUUGUCUUGUACAUCUAAACCUGAAAUUCUGUGUCCAUUAUGUACGGUCGAAGCACUGAGAGCAACCAUGAAAAAUAGUUGA